CAUUGACCUAACACAUUAUUAUUCCUCUUGUGCAAAUAAAAAACAUCACAAGACAAACACAAAACUUUGCUCAAGUUAGCUCAAUUCAAUUUUCCAAUGGAGGAGUCAUGGGAAAAUUUUCAUCUUGACAUGGAAUUGGAUUGUGGUGAUGAUUAUUUCAUAGAUGAUUGUAACAACCUUAACAUUGAUGGUGAUGAUUUUAUUAGAGAGAUUUUAUUACAAACACCAGAAGGUUUAAUCUCUUCAGAAAGUGAUCAUUCAUUUUUUCAUGUUCAAACUGAUACUGUUACCGUUAAUGUUAACGGUGGUGUUGAGGUUGUUGGGAACACGGUUAAGAGUAAGAGUUCAAACUCAAUUGUGUCUCAACAACAUCAACCACAAGAACAAGAACAACAACAUGGUUUGAAAUCGAAAAAGGUUCCUCGUAAAAGUUCUUCUCCAAAGACAUAUAUUUUGUCUUUUGAUAAUUCAACUAUGAUACCAGCUACACCAGAACCUUGUGUUAAUUUGAGUUCUAGGAAUAAACGUAGCCGUGAAAGUACUCAAAAAGCUGAAGUGAAAACUAAUCAACAAAUCAAUGGAGUGAAGAAAGGUAGAAGCAGUUCACAAUGUAUUGAUCAUAUAAUGGCAGAGAGAAAAAGGAGACAAGAAUUGUCUGAAAAAUUCAUUGCACUUUCGGCUACUAUUCCUGGAUUGAGCAAGAUGGACAAGGCUUCAUUACUUCGAGAAGCGAUUGAUUAUGUGAAACAACUUAAAGAACAUGUUGAAGAGCUCGAGAAACAAGACAAAAAUGUUGGUGUCACGCCGGUGAUGGUUCUCCGACAACCUUAUUCAUGUGGAAUCAAUGAAUACACAAAUUCUGGUGAAACAAGUUGUGGUGAUGAUUGUAACCAUCAUAUCCUUCCAGAUAUUGAAGCAAGAGUCAUUGGAAAGGAAGUGCUUAUUGAAAUCCAUUGUGAGAAACAAAAUGGAAUUGAGCUCAAAUUACUUAACCACAUUGAAAAUCUUCAACUCUUUGUCACUGGUAGCAGUGUCUUGCCUUUUGGGAAAUCUGCUAUUUCCAUCACUAUUAUUGCUCGGAUGGGUGAUGAAUGCAUAGUGACAAUGAAUGAUCUAGUGAAAAGCAUUAGACAAGUGCUCUUGAAACCUUGAAGAAGAUGCUAAAGUGAUCUGUACUAGUGUAUCAAAUAAAAAAAAACAAGUUCUAUUGUGUGAAAUUUCAUGUUUUGAAUUAUAGGCUCUUUUUUAGUGUUAAUUUAGUUUUUGUUUCA